AUGGCCUCCAGAGACUUGGCUUUGAAGAUCUUUUUCCUGUCCCAGACUGCACUGGGAAUGUUGGGGAACUCAGCCUUGCUUUGUUGCUUUAUCAUUGCUGACUUCUUUGGAAUCAGGGCGAAGCCCACAGACCUGAUUGUCAAACACCUGACCUGGGCCAACUUCAUAGUUCUCUCCAGAGGAAUCCCACAGACCAUUGCUGCUUUUACUCAGACUUACUAUCUAGAUAAUGCUUCAUGUAAAUUUGUCUUAUAUUUUCAUAGAGUUGCCAGAGGAGUAUCCCUUGGCUCCACAUCCCUGUUGAGUGUCUUUCAGGCUAUCACCAUCAACCCCAGUAAUCCCAAGUGGGCACAGCUCAAGGUCAGAACCCCCAGGAUCAUUGGUCCUUCCCUGGGUCUGUGCUGGGCCCUCCAGCUGUUGUUAUAUGUCUUCAUUCCAGUAUAUACAAAUGACAUAUGGUAUGGAAGAAAUGUUACUGGUAUCAAAGAUUUUGGAUAUUGUGUUAUUAAAAAUUCUGGGAGACUGAUCAGCACAUUUAUUGUAAUCAUAUUGGCAUCCAAUGAUGUCUUCUUUUUGGGACUCAUGAUGUUGGCCAGUGCCUACAUGGUGUUUAUCCUGCUGAAACAUAAGCAGAGGACGCAACACAUCCACAGAUCCCAGUCUCCUAAGUCAUCCCCUGAGACCAGAGCCACCCAAAGCAUCCUCACCCUAGUGAGCAGCUUUGUCCUCUUCUAUGCAACAUCAAUUGUUUUUUCAUCUUAUCUGUCUGUCCUUGAAGGAACCACUAAGUGGAUGUUUAACACUGGUGUGGCCAUGUCUGCAUGCUUUCCAGCAUUCUGCCCCUUUCUGCUCAUCAGACACUAUGCUUACUUCUUCAGGCUCUGCUGCACUAGUUCUUACCAGACAACACACUGUGCUUGUGUAGUCAGAGAACUCUAA